CAACGAAAAAAAAGAACAAAACACUGAUUCACGCAACAACAUGGAUGGCUCUCAGGGGCAGUGUUGAGUGAAAGAAGCCAGACGCAGAGCAAUACCUACUGUUUGGUUCCAUUUAUACUAACGUUCAGGCAGAAUUAACCCAUGAUGAGAGAGGUCAGAACAGUUUUACCUCUAAAGAGGUAUUAUCCAAGGAGGAACCUAAGGGACCCAUCUGGAAGCUGGGAUCAUUUUAUAUCCAAAUCUGAAUUUUGGCUACACAUUGUAUUUUAUGUAAAUUUUCUCCAAGUGUAAUGUUUCAGAGUCUCUAUUUGAUAGGAUGACAAAUUUUGGAAAAGCUAGUAAUGAUGGUGAUACAACAUCACGACGGCAAUUUAAUGGCAGCGGCGUCUACAAUUUAAAAUAAUGAGGGUUUUUCAGGCUUCAGUGUCUCUCUUAGAAGGUUCUCUGUUUACGGAAGGAGUUGCUUAGGGAUUUUUAUCUGGCGACGGAGGUGCAUUCCUGAAAGUUGAAAUGCCUGUUAAAAGAUCACUGAAAUUGGAUGGUAUGUUAAAAGCAAAUUCAUUUGGUUCUCCUAAAAUCACAAGGAAGAAAAUUGCUGCAGACUAUUCUCCAACAACUGGAACCUGUCAAAUGAGCCCAAUUGCUUCUCCCACAAGCUCAAAAGAACAAGAAAACAGAAAUGGACCAUCAAAUGGAAAGAGGAAAAACUUGAAUCACCUCAGUAUAAACAAAAGAAUGGAAUCUACUAUGCAAGACAAUGAAUUCAUGGUGUUGCUAUCUAAAGUUGAAAAAUCAUCAGAAGAAUUCAUGGAAAUAAUGCAAAAUUUAAGUAGUAUACAGGCUUUGAAGGGCAGUAAAGAGCUUGAAAAUCUCAUUGGUAUCCCCCAUGCAUCAUGUGUCUUUAACAGAGAAAUGCAGAAAACAAAAAAACUAAUGACUAACGUAAUAAGGCAAAAACUAUUUAAAAAGAAGAAUUCAGGACUUCCCAACACAGGCGUUUAGAAGAAACACACUCACUAUGAAUGCCAACUUCUGUAUCUGCCUGAUCAUAUUUAAAGGAACAGAAGAAAUGUUUGUAAUUAAUCUGUGCAGUGAAUACCAGAUCAUAGCAUAGGCAGGUGCAUGUCUAGAUAAAAUUUCUUGAAGCUAAUUUAAACUUUCUACACACACCAGUAGAUAAUCUCAACAUAAAUAAUACAUUUCUUCUUGACCCUUUAAAGUAAGCCAACAUAUAGAAGAAGAUCCUGACUUAUAUUAUGUAUCUGGUACACUUCUGUAUAUGUUUAUCAUUUGUGGAUAGACUUAUAGCUUGUAUGAAAAUGGCACCUUUGGUAGAGCUCUAUAUCUUAAAACUCAGAUUAAACCCAAUAGUAAUUGGAAGUAGGUCCUGAUUUUCCAAUUUAAAGCCCUAGAUUUGUACUAAUUAGAUUCUUUUAAAAGCUUUUAAAAUUGUAAGUUUACUUUAGCUUCUACUUCAUAGAUGUUUUCAUUCUAGUUAUGCCUAUGCUUGUAGAGAAAAAAUAUUUUCAAAGUUUUAAAAUUCUUACAUCUUUUAUAAAAUGCUGGAAUGCAUUUUUCAGUGCAGAUAUUUAAAUGUGAGGUUGUUUUUAAACUGAACUACACAGAAUCUCCUGAAUAUAAAGAAAAGACCUCAUCUCAUGGGACAACAUGUGAUUCCCUCCACAUUUUGAAGCAUCAAAUUUUUAAUUUUCUACAGUGUUGUUUUGUAUUAUCUAUUUGUGCUGUCACAAAAUAAAGGGGAAGAGUGAAUCACA